GGCUUUGACAGGACACAAGAGACAAGUAUUUUGCCAACAUGUCACCGUACUAGCCGUAUUUGCCGCAAUAAAGUGUUAUUUUAUUAGGUUCUUCGCCAAUAAAUGUUGUUCAAAUCGUUACAAGUGCACCAUGAUUAAACUGGAUUCACUGGUCGAGGACUGUGAUAUCAGUACCCAGGAGGGCAUCGAUGAAGUUUGUCGAAAAAUAACGUUCAAAGAGAGGGAAAUCGACGCCCGUCUCGAGGACAUUCUAUCACAGCAAUGCCAACUGGAAGCGAAAAUGCGCAACAUUGGUCUGGCGCUGGGCAGCCUUUCCUUUGCGACAGACAAAAGCCAAAACCUGUCGUCGAUGAUUGGCCACACCUCGCAACUGGCGGAAAACGUGAGCGCAAAAGUGCGCCGACUGGAUGAGGCUCGGAGUCGCGUAUCCGAGUGCCAACAGCGGGUGCACGAUUUGAUUGAUCUGCAGCUGUGCAGCCAGGGUGUAAUCGCCGCAAUCCGAGAGGAAGAUUUCGAAAAAGGUGCCGCUCACGUUAACCGGUUCCUGUCAAUGGAUAAGAAUUUGCUGCAAAAAACCGCCGACGAUGUGUCAGGAUCGAUAACAUCCGUACGAAAAGCGGUGGAUACGCUGGAACAAGCGGCUGAACAGAUUAGGCAAAUGGUCAGUCAAAAGUUUGACGAAGCUGUAAAGAAGGACGAUCUGGCGUCGGUAGAACGUUUCUUCAAAAUUUUUCCGCUGCUGGGAAUGCACGACGAGGGACUGGACAAGUUUAUGAAUUACAUCUGCUCGAAGUUGCAGGUGAAGGCACAAAAAGAACUGCGCUCAUCCAUGGAUAUUGCCAAAGCGGAAAAGCGAACCACUGUCGCUUAUUCGGACACGCUCACGAUUAUGCUGGAAAAUAUUGCGCGUGUGGUGGAAGUCAACCAGGCUAUCAUUGAGAAUUGCUAUGGAGCCGGGAGGUUGAUCCAGGUCAUAGCGAUUCUUCAGCGGGAAUGUGACGAGGAAGUUGCCAAGUUAAUUUUGGACUUCAACAAAAACCGACAGAUCGGUAGACGAGUUGCUCAAAUAAACGAUUAUAUAAAGAAUUCUGGCAACACGUCGACGAUGGGCCACUAUCGAAAGUCCUCCGGUGGUGGAUCGGUUGAUAAGCUGAACGCGAAGGACAUAGAUGCAUUGAUUGGGGAAAUCACUAUUAUUCAUUCGAGGGCAGAGUUGUACGUGAAAUUUAUCAAACGACGAUGCGCGGCUGACCUUGAAAAGAGUGCUUUUCAACCCGAAGAAAAAGAAGCGAAGCUGGCAAAAUUGAACGAUUUAAUCAAGAAAUCACGGUUGAGCACACAAAUGCAAGAGGUCCUGGGAACGUAUUUACUCUUCGAGCGUUACUUUAUGGAGGAAAGUGUGCUGAAAGCGAUAUCUUUGGAUAGCAUCGAGCCCGGUCAGCAUUGUUCCAGCAUGUUAGAUGAUGUGUUUUUCAUAAUUCGAAAGUGCAUUCGUCGCUCGAACGGAACUCAGUCGUUGGAUGGAGUUUGCGCCGUUAUCAACAAUGCGGCCAGCUGUUUGGAGCAGGAUUUUACCAACGCUCUGAAAUCCCCUCUAAAAGCAGGUUAUCCAACCGGUUACAUGGAUUUGGCCCAGUCUGCUUUUCAAAGUUCGAUCCAACAGGGUCGGUUGCAAACUAGCGACGUUGAUCAAGCGAGGACAAAGUUUCUGACGACGUUAAAUAAUGCCGAUAUGUCAACGGAAUUCAUUGAAACGCUGUGGACAAUGAUGGCAGACGAAGUAAAAUUGAAUUUUCCUUCAAUGACGACGCGAGAAAAAGAAAAGUUGGAUAGUUGCCUUUCCCUGUUGAAAUCGGUGGGUGAUUCAUUAAAAGCCCUCGUGGAUUUCGGUCUACAGCAGCUGCGAGCUUCGGCUAUCAAGCCCCGGCUGCACCCGUGGGUUGAUCAGUUUAUAGGUCAUAAUCACAACCUCACAGAAGAAGAGCUGUCAACUUACGAAGCCGGCGAGACUUUUAUUCAGUUUUUAAUUGUUCAAGUUGAUAACCUUCUUACGAUGUUCAAAACUUCGUUGACACCGAGAAACUACGAUGCUUUGGUCAGUAUUGUUACUACGGAAAUUACGACCCGUUUAGAGCGGGCUAUCAAGAAAUCCACCUUCAAUCGACUCGGAGGACUGGUACUGGAUCAGGAAGCCCGAGCGCUGGCUUCGUUUCUAACGGGGGCUACUUCGUGGUCUGUGCGAGAUAAGUUGGCAAAGUUGCUGCAGAUGGCAACGAUUCUAAACUUGGAGAGCGUUUCCGAGCUGCCCGAGUACUGGGAGUCGGCUUCAGCUGCAUGGCGAGUGACACCCAAUGAGGUGCGCACUAUUCUCGCCUUAAGAAUCGACUUCAGGAUGGAAGAUAUAAAAAAGUUGAAACUCUAGAAGUAGUGUGGGUAAGUGUAGUGAGCGUUGAGUAAAUGUUAUCGAAAUUUUAAUCGAUUGUGCAGAUAAAGUAAUAUAUUAUCGUAUUAAAAGA